ACAUCUGAUAAUUUUUUUGGUAAUGAUGGAUUUGGUGAUUUUAAAUUCAAUCGAGAAAUUAUUAGUAAUAUUGAUAGAUCCAAGCAUGCAUCAGUCGCAUUAAUUGAUUUAGCUAAUCAAUAUCCUGGUGAAUUAAGUAUACUUAURCUUGGRCCAGCAACAAAUGUCGCUCUUGCAAUAUCAUUGGAUCCAACAUUUGUCUAUAAAGUCAAGCGAUUUUAUGUCAUUGGUGGUAGUGUUAAUGGUAUCGGGAAUAGAAGUCCAGGUGUUGAAUUUAAUUUUGGAGCGGAUCCAGAAAGUAAUUUUAUACUUUUUAAUUCAACUAUAAGAGAAGUUAGUUUAUUACUACCCUGGGAGACAAUUUUAUCAACUAAUAUAUCAUCGUCAUGGAGAAAAAAUGUACUCGGUCGUGUUAAUUCAAAAUUUAUAAGAUUUUUAAAUUCAGCAGAAUCAAAAAUUAAWGAAUUUCCAAAUUGGGAACCUAGUGAUUCUUUAAUUGCAGCUGCAAUGUUGUAUCCAAAACUGAUUAAAAAGUCUAUAGUUACAAAUAUGACACCAGUUAUGGAUGGUGAGGCACGCGGUGGAACACUUAUUGAUUAUUCGGGACAAACUCAUAAACCAAAUAAUGUUGAAAUUAUUCAAGAAAUUGAUGUUGAAGAGUUUAAAAAAAUACUUCUGCAAUAUUUAUCAUAAAUACAAAAUUAAAAAAUUACUUUAUUAGUAGUUUAUGAUAAACUUGCAGAAUUAUCAAAUAUGGAUAA